CGAUCAACCUUUGGUCGAUGACCCGACCUGUGACCCAUUUGGAUGAUAUGCUGUCAAUUUUACAGGCAGCCGGUGGCGGGCGUAGAUUGACUUACGAAGUUCGUUGCAUAUCAAGCAUUUUGUGCAAUUUAGACACUCAGAGAAUAUCACCAAAAAAGCGAGGAUCUAACCAUUUUGGUUGUUACAUCGUGAAAGAGAUGAGCCAAAAGUCCGUGCCAAAAGUCCGGUCUGAGUUCCUGUGUGUUGACGGCACACCGACCCAUGUGCUGAAGUGUGGAGACUUUCCAACAGACCAGGGCAAGAAUUAUUUGUACCUCAUCAUUCCAGGAAACCCAGGAGUUAUUGGUUACUAUGACAAGUUCAUGAGAGAGCUGUACAGAAAACAUGGAGGGCGCAUUCCUGUCUGGGGUGUGUCACAUGCUGGUCAUGUGAUUAUCCCAGAUCAUGCCAAAAAGGGAAACUCAGGUAUAUCAAAGGGAACAUAUGGUUUCCAAGACCAAAUCACACACAAAAUCUCCUUCAUCAAGAACCACGUCCCACGUGACACGCACCUCAUCCUGAUUGGUCACUCUGUCGGCUGCUACAUGGUCCUGGAGAUCCUCAAGCGCUGCCCAGAGGUCAACGUCCUUAAGGGCAUUCAACUUCUCCCCAUGAUAGAGCACUUUGAGAAGACUCCAAAUGGCAGUCGGAUGAAGCCGUUAUUGUUGUACUUCCGAUGGCUGGCAGUGUUUGUAGCGUUCUUAAUGUCCUUUCUCCCAGACGUUGUGAAACAUUGGCUGGUGCAGUUGUACUUCAUGGGUAGGAAAGUUGACGAGGGAGCAGUCGAAGCUAGCCUGAACUUAUUUGACCCGAAGGUGACAAACAGCAGCCUCUUUAUGGCAUCACAGGAGUUACGUCAGGUUCAUGAACCAGACCUGCACUGUAUCGGUCAGCACCUGGACAAACUCAUCUUCUACUAUGGUGCGUCUGACGGCUGGGCACCUGUCAGCUUCUACCAGAGGAUGAAGAACAGCUUCCCUCAGGGUGAUAUCCGUCUAUGUGAACGCGGGAUCCUGCAUGCCUUUGUUCUGGAGCAGAGUACAGAGAUGGCAGGGAUGGUGGCAGAGUGGAUAGAACAGGCCACAGCUGCAGAGGGUGGGAGACCAGUUCAUACCGGCUGAUGGCAAGAGCUAAACUGGCCCACAUCUUAAGCUACUUAUGAUGACUACAUUGCAGGGUUUACCAGUCAUUGUCUUAGACAAAAUUUUGUUGCGUAUGACAAAAAAUUUUAAGACCCUGAGGGAUAAAAUUGGCUGGGUAAAGAUAUAGAAGUAUCCAAAUUUGAAUAAAAAAACUGGAAUUCUGAAUUCGGGCCUGAAAAUUCAAUAAUGACGGAAAUUUGUAUGUGAUGACUGAAACAAAAAUCAUUAUUUUAGGGGAUUCCUGUUGUUUGGAAUUGGGAUGACAGAUGUAAAAAUCCAUGCUGGCUAGAGCUCUGCCACAUUGUUUUAAUACAAGUUUUUAUGAUGUUAGUUGUUUAAUUGAUUCAAUCAUUCAACAA